UUUUUUCUUUUUUUUGAAAACAUCCAAUAACUUGCAGAUGGAGUCUAAUACAUGGUUGAAAAGAGUCGUCUUCGUUAAGAAAACUUUAGCAGAACCCCACAAAUCGCAGAAGUCAUGGCCAAAGGCGUGAUAUCAAAAAAGAGGAAGACUCCCUCCGUCCACUCGCGGGCCUUAAGACGGGCUACUUCUCCAAGUAUCGAUACGGACAAGUCCCUGAAGAACGUCAAACCUCCCACCGAAUCAGUCGACCAUCGUCCUUCUGUGCUUGCCAUACAUCAGGGAGCGGGAGUUUCGAAAAAGACAACGAAGAGUAGGAAUAUGAGCUCUAAAGCAAGGAGGAGGUAUGAGAAAGUACAGGAUCGUGCUGCAAACAUUAUGGAGAGGACAGAACGGAAGAUCGCCAAAAGCAAGGGCCAAGCCCGAACGAUUCAGACACGAAGUAAAGCCUGGGACGAGAUCAACAACCAAAUACCCGCAAACAAGAGCAAAUCUCAAGGAGAGGUGGUCAAUGGAGAAGACGAGGCAUCCGAAUUGGACGAAGAGAUGGAUGAUGCACAACUUGACAAAGCCCGUGAUGGUGCUACGUCGGCAGACAAGGUUCCUUUACAUGAAGUAGAAGAAGAAGAUGAGAUCCUUUGAUCUUCGGGGAUCUGGGUAAAAUAUCCAUCCUUCUGGGCGUUAUUGGUGUAGGAGGGGAAAUUCAUCAUUUGUGGUUUUAAAUACAUAGUGAGACACUUCGUCCAUCCCACGAUAGGACGCGAGAGGUUAACAAUGCGAUUCGGAUUCGGAUUCUAUUGCCAAUGGCUAAUCGGAGGGUUUGAAUAUGAAAGUACCACUUAAAAGACUCCAGCUUAUCGAUAAAAUCGACUAUCGCGGGCCCACAUAUACUUACAUGUACAUUCCAUCUUUGCAGAUUGAAUAA